GUAACGAGAAAUAAAACAUUUCGAGUGUGAGAAAGAAAGCACAGUGUGAGUGUGCUGAAGAAGAAGAAGCAAAGCAAAGCGUUUUCGAUAGGUUUGUGAAGAACAAUGAAACGGUUUUUCAAAGUAAUAGAGAAAGAUUCAGAGAAAUGUUCAAAGAAACCCAAAGAAAACGAAAAUGAAGAAGAAAAAAAACAAGACGAAAACGAAGAAGAAGCAACGAAGAAGGAGCCAUUGAAAUUCAUGACAUGGAACGCCAACAGUUUACUCCUUCGCGUGAAGAACAACUGGUCAGAAUUCAGCAACUUCAUCACCACCUUCGAUCCCGACGUUAUCGCCAUUCAAGAAGUUCGUAUGCCCGCUGCUUCUUCUUCUUCUUCCAAUUCCAAAUCCGCUCCUAAAAAUCAAGCUGAAGUUAAAGAUGAUACUAACGCUGCUAGGGAAGAAAAAAGGAUAUUGAUGCGUGCACUUUCAAAUCCACCGUUUGGGAACUAUCAUGUCUGGUGGUCUCUUGCAGAAUCAAAGUAUGCAGGGACAGCACUAUUUGUGAAAAAAUGUUUCAAGCCCAAAAGUGUUGUUUUCAAUCUUGAUAAAAUAGCUUCAAAGCAUGAACCAGAUGGCCGAGUAAUCUUAGUUGAAUUUGAAACACUUCGUUUAUUGAAUACAUAUGUACCAAAUAAUGGGUGGAAAGAGGAGCCAAACUCAUUUCAAAGGAGAAGAAAAUGGGAUAAAAGAAUCCUGGAAUUUGUUAACCAAAAUUCAGACAAGCCUUUGAUAUGGUGUGGGGAUCUGAAUGUCAGUCAUGAAGAGAUCGAUGUGAGUCAACCAGAGUUUUUCAGUACAGCAAAACUCAAUGGUUAUGUUCCUCCAAAUAAAGAGGAUUAUGGGCAACCUGGAUUUACCUUGGCUGAAAGAGCACGAUUUGGUACCAUCUUAAGAGAGGGGAAGCUGGUAGAUGCCUACAGAUUUCUGCACAAGGAUAAGGACAUGGAGCAGGGCUUCUCAUGGUCUGGAAACCCAAUAGGGAGGUACCGCGGAAAACGGAUGAGAAUAGACUAUUUCAUAGUUUCAGAAAAAAUUAAAGAAAAGAUUGCUGCAUGUGAAAUGCAUGGAAAAGGGAUAGAGUUACAAGGUUUCUAUGGAAGUGAUCAUUGUCCAGUUACUUUGGAGCUCUCUCCUAGUUCCAACCCUCAAAAUGAGGAUCCAAUAUAAGUACUUAGCUGGUUAUGUUACAAAGCCAUUGUCUAUUCUCACCAUCUUAUUAAUGUCUCUAUUGUCUAGAUGCUUACUGUUUCGUUAACGAGAACUGAGAAGCUAUUUCAUACUGUUUCUCUUGCAUGGACUAGCUGCCUGCAGAAAUGGUCAUUGUUAUGGGAAUUUUCCCAUAAACUUCAAAUUCUUUUGUAGCACAUAUUAUGCCUAACAUUUAUGCCUAGUUUUCUCCCUUGCACUUUUA